GUGUGACAUCCCUUUUUGUUAUUUGCUUUUAUGUUUUUGUUUGCUAUAUUGUUACCUGUUCCGAGCCGGGGGUCUAUCGGAAACAACCUCCUUGUGGGUGUCUUGUUUCUUUUAUUAUCCGGCAGUGUAAUAUCUCUUUUUAUUGCUUGCUUUUAUGUUUUUGCUUGCUAUACUUUAUAUGUCCUGAGCUGGGCAUCUACCGGAAACAGCCUCCUUGUGGUGUCUUGUUUCCUAUUCUCUGGCGGUGUGAUAUCCCUUUUUAUUGUUUGCUUUUAUAUUUUUGUUUGUUAUCCUGUUAUCUGUUCUGAACCGGGGGUCUAUCAGAAACAACUUUUCUACUUCAUCUGAGGUGAGGUAGUGGUAUAGACUGCGUACACUUUACCUCUGAAUCCCACUUUGUGGGAAUACACUAGUGGACCGACAAAGAAGGAAAGACACCAUUGAUUGUAGCGUGCAUGAAGCCGAAUGGCUUGAAUGUUGCAAAAACUUUGCUUGAGCUCGGUGCUAAUGUCAAUGCUUACCGGCCAGGAUAUGGUGCUGGAACUGCACUGCAUCAUGCAGCUAAGAGAGGUCUGGAUGAUAACGUUCAGUUACUUCUUUCCUAUGGAGCAAAUCCAUUGAUCAAGAACGAUGGUUGCCAAACUCCACUUGAAGUUGCUCGAGCAAAGGGUUUUAGCAAUGUCGUUCGUACUAUUGAGAGACAAAUCUGCAUUUUCUCCGGCUGGAUGAGGGAGUUCUAUGGUCGAGGAAUUCUUGAAGCUUUAGCUCCUCAAUUGUUAUCUAGGAAGAUUUGGGUUGUAGUCGUACCUUGCAGUAUAGCUGAUCCUGCGAAGCCUCUUAAAUUGGAGCUGGCGAUAUACUCAUCCUUACAGGAUGCCCAGCCUCGUAAUGUUAUCGCCUUAUGGAAGGCUAAUGUUGAGGAGCUAAGGUGGCAACGAUCAGAUCCUGUGCUGACAAUUUUCGACAAGACCAGUAAUACUCGAUAUAACUUUACAUCAGUGAGCGAUUCCGAGCAACAACAGCUUCAGUUGUUGCACAGAGCAUGUAUUGCUGCAAUUGAGGUCACGCCUCGUCGCUUACCACAGAAUACCCGAACCACAGUGCCACAAUCUGAAACUGCUGCACAAGCAAUGGAAUUAGCAAUUGGAAUCAACUCUUCCAUUCAUUCUGCUAAAGAAAAUAAGAUUUUACAUCAUCACGGACAAAGCUCCGGUGUGAAAAAUGGAAAUGACUGGUGUGAUGACACCGAUGAUUCUGCCUACAACGGAUGGGGUUCACUUGUCAGAUCCGAGCCUACAUGUGAAAUUACUAACUACAAUUGGACGGGUGACAGAACUAAGGUCCAAGAAAAUGGAUGGGGAAGUAACGCAGAUGUAUCCAGUCAACGACAGCAGCAAUCGCUUCCUAAAUCCACAUCUUCUGAACUAAGCUGCAGCGGAUGGAAUGCCGAGCCUGCUGUAGAACAGUACAAUGGAUGGGGCAUGCCUGAGCCUCGGCAGGGACAUAGAGAUGCCUCGGAUAAAGUUCAUUAUCAAGGAUGGGGACACACCGCAAAGGACAAAACAGAAUCCCCAGGUGUAACUAGCCGUGAAUCAAUGGCUAAUGCAGACAAUGCAUCUGAGUUUAGACCGAUUGUCUAUCUGGUUGAAAAUGCUGAAACUCGAGAAGGCAACAAUCCUGCUUUUGAUUUUGCGUCCCCUUCAGCUCCACCACUUCCAGAAGAGGUUGUACACGAAGAAACUGUUUGUUAUCCGGCCAUAGAUCUUAGCCCAUUGCACCUGUUGAAUCCUCAUGUGGAUCAAAAAACAGCUUCUGUUACGACUCAAAAGGAAAAUGAACAUGAACAUGAACAUGAACCUGCAUUGUGUAUAAUAUGUUGGGAAGGUUCAGUUGAAGGAGCCUGUGUACCUUGUGGUCACAUGGUUGGCUGCAUCCAGUGUUUGAACCAGAUCAAAUCCAAGAAAGGGGAAUGCCCCAUCUGUCGAGUAAAAAUCGAUCAGAUUAUAAAGCUCUACUCCGUUUGAGAGUUGAAGGAGUGGAGCUAGAAGAAGAUCGCAAAAGGCAUGGUUUGAAGGGGUGUAUACGAGCUUUGCUCGAUUGAGUAGUAGUAUUCGAUCUCUUAUUUUCUUUUGGUGCACCCAUGUAGUUCAUGUUUGUAUACAGGAAUGUGCGCAGGGGCGUAUGCAGGAUUUUGAGAGGGUGGAUGUACUAUUAAGAAAAUACUUCAAGCGUGGCUUCAUUCAUCUAUAUUUAAAUAUUUUUAAAAGAAUAUAACAUCACUACAUAUGAUC